AUGUCAGAAUUGCAGGAAUUUGCAAGUUGCAACCUUUUCAGUUCACUUCCCCAUAGCUCGCGAAUACCAACGCCAUUUUUCACUCUCGUUCGUCCUCUACUCCCCCAAGCCCACUGUCUCCUUCUGCAUAGCAAUUUUACGGAUCUGAAGUAUACGUUUCGCAGCUAUAAAAUUGCUCCGUCAGUGCGUUCAUCAUUUGAUCGAGUCUCAUGGGAAGUUCGACAGAAACUGAAGAAUGGUAAUCACCUGUAUAGAGUAUCUGACGACGCUUACACUUGCCCCUUCUGUCCAAAUAAAAGGAAGCGAGAUUUCCUGUAUAAGGAACUCCAGCAGCAUGCACUUGGUGUUGGUAAGUGCAAUUCACAGAAGCGAACCAGGAAAGACAAGACAAAUCAUCUUGCAUUGGCAAAAUACUUGGAAAAUGAUGUAGCUGUUGACGCUGGUCCUUUACAGCAAGCUACUAUGGUCGAUCCACUUGCAGACCAUGAUCGUGAUGAGAUGUUUGUCUGGCCUUGGAUUGGAAUUAUUGUUAACAUUCCUACUGAAUUUAAGGAUGGUCGCUAUGUGGGGGAGAGUGGUACUAGACUGAGGGAUCAGUUGACCAAGAGAGGAUUUAAUCCUACUAGAGUGCGACCUCUCUGGAAUUACCACGGACAUUCAGGAACUGCUCUUGUAGAGUUUCAAAAGGAUUGGUUUGGGUUCAACAAUGCCAUGUCCUUUGAGAAGGCUUAUGAGGCUAAUCAGCAUGGAAAGAGAAGUUGGCAGGCAAAAAAUGACUUGAAAUCUGAUCUGUAUGGGUGGGUUGCUCGAGCAGAUGACUACAAUUCUGAUACCAUUUUUGGAGAAAAUCUACGUAAGAUUGGAGACCUCAGAACUAUUUCUGAUAUCAUGGAAGACGAAGCUCGGAAGACACAGAAGCUUGUUGGCAAUUUAACAAAUGUCAUCGAGGCAAAGAAAAUGCACUUGCUAGAGAUGGAGAAUAAAUUUAAGGAGACAGAGAACUCUCUUAGCCAGUUAAUGAUUGAGAAGGAUCAGCUUCUUCAAGAGUAUAACGACGAGAUAAAAAAGAUUCAGUCAAGUGCACAGGAUCAUUUCCAAAAGAUAUUUAAUGACCACGAGAAGCUGAAGUUGCAACUGGAAACACAGAAAAGAGAGCUUGAGCACCGGGGUCAUGAACUGGCAAAACGUGAGACUCAUAAUGAAAAUGAGAGGAGAAAGCUUGCUGAGGAGCUUGAAGAGAAUGCUGUCAAAAAUUGCUCACUUCAGGCUGCUACUAAUGAGCAAAGAAAGGCUGAUGAAAAAGUUAUGAAAUUGGCUGAAGAACAGAAGAAACAAAAGGAGAACCUCCACAAGAAAAUCAUUCAACUGGAGAAACAACUGGAUGCCAAACAAGCAGUAGAACUUGAAAUCGAGCAAUUGAGAGGCAAAUUAAAUGUUAUGAGGCAUAUGGAAGAUGAAGGUGAUUUGGAAGUGCUGACAAAAGUGGAUUUGCUGCUCAAGUCAUUGAGGGAAAAGGAAGGAGAACUUGAAGAUGUAUUGGCAUUAAAUCAAACUCUGGUAGUGCAGGAGCGCAAUAGCAACGAUGAACUGCAGGAUGCUCGUAAAGAAUUGGUUGACGGAUUGAAAGAAUUAUCAACAAAUGGUCAAAUUGGUGUGAAAAGAAUGGGAGAACUUAACAGCAUGCCAUUUCACGAAGCAAUGAAAAGGAAGUAUAAUGAGGUCGAGGCAGAUGAAAGGGCAACAGAAUUGUGCUCCCUGUGGGAGGAGUACCUUAGAGAUCCUGAAUGGCAUCCUAUAAAGGUGGUUGAGAUUAACGGGAAACAUCAGGCAGUAAUUGACCGAGAUGAUGAAAAGCUGAAAGACCUGAAGAAUAGUUAUGGUGAUGAAGUGUACGAUGCUGUAACAUCGGCUUUGACCGAGAUAAACGAAUAUAACCCGAGUGGGAGGUAUAUUAUUUCCGAACUUUGGAACUACACUGAAGGUAGGAAAGCUACUCUGCAGGAAGGAGUUGUCCAUAUGAUGAAGCUAUGGAGAACUUAUAAAAGAAAGAGGGGAAUGGAUUGA